UGCAGGCGCGUCCCACACAGUGUAUAGGUGUCCAUUACGCACGGACUACGUCUUUAGCCCAAAACAUAAUUAACCUUGCAGAACGCCGAAUUGAACAUCAAAGACGCUUUUCUGAACACCUACAUUUCUUCACUGCAUCGGAGAGGACUACCUUCUAAAAAGCCUUCUUGACUUCAGACACUUUGAAACUUGUUCUGUGAAAGACUUUUGGCCAUGACCUCGCCUGCUCCACUAAUGCCCGCAACUCCUCUCAUUCACCCGCCGUUGAUAUCGACUUCACCGGCGGCUAACUCUCCGCCACCCACCCCUUUUACCUCCUCAUCCCCCCCACCGUCCAUCGCGGCCAUCGGACAUCAUCCGUUUCGAACGGACCUUUUAUCAACCGAUAUAACGGGCGCACCAGUUAGCGUCCUGCCUCACAGCAAGCCAGUAUACGCGACUCCGUCGCCCGUUGAAAACACUCCGCAGAACAACGAGUGUAAAAUGGUCGAGGUGAAAGGCGCUAAACUCGCCUCCUUCACGGUAAAGGACACUGAGCUAAUUUGCUUACCGCAGGCCUUCGACCUGUUUCUGAAGCACCUGGUUGGCGGGCUACAUACGGUCUACACCAAGCUCAAACGGCUGGACAUCACCCCGGUGGUGUGUAACGUGGAGCAGGUCCGCGUGCUCCGGGGGCUCGGGGCAAUCCAACCGGGGGUGAACCGGUGUAAACUUAUCUCCAGGAAAGACCUUGAGACGCUCUAUAACGACUGUACCAACGCAAGCUCUCGACCAGGUCGUCCUCCCAAAAGGGCCCAGAGUGUAACAUCAUCAGACAGCGCCCACCUCCUGUCCCACUCUGUCAGUGGGCUCAUGUCAGCAGGAAUCAUGCCCCCUACAGGUCUAACAGCAGCAGCAUUGGCUGAGGCCAUGAAGGCGAAGAAGAUCAAGCUGGAGGUGAUGGCAGGUUACCAUGGCAACCAUCAGCCUGGCCCCGACGCUGAGAACGGAGAUCACACCCACCUUGGAUUGGACCACCUGCCCUUCAUGAUGAUGUCACAUCCUCUGAUACCAGCCAGGCUUGCCCCCGCUUCUGUCUCCAUGGCCAUGAGCCAGAUGAACCACUUGAGCACGCUGGCGAGCAUGGCGAGUUCCACCCACAACCGCACCCUUAACCAUGCCGCCUCAAGGCUGGCCACCUCCGUCAUCAAGGAGAGGGUGCGUGACAGCCCCUCCCCCUCAGCAUCCCUGGAUGAAGGUCGGAGGUCAGGUAGUCAUAUGUCCUCCAGUAGUGUGUCCAGCUCCCCCGCACACACAGAACAUCCUGCAGACAGAACACAUGUGCACCAGAACGGCAUGCUGUCAAGCCACGCCCUGUUAGGCCACUCCCCCAGUGCGUUGCCAGGGCCGAAGGAGGCUGACGUAGCGACGAUCACCACACCAACCGUAGACUCCAAUGGCAAGCGGAGCCUAGGAGACAGAGGUGAGGUGCCUCUGGUUCCCCCUGGCUCCAGGGACAGAGGGGGUUGUGACCGUGUGUCUCUCCCUGGACAUAAGCUUGAUUCUGGGUACCGAGGCCCCUUCCUCUACCCCGAGGGUCUGUCCUCCAUAGAAACCCUCCUCACCAACAUACAGCAGGGCCUGCUGAAAGUUGCCAUCGACAACGCACGGGCGCAGGAGAAGCAGGUGCAGCUGGAGCGCUCCGAGCUGAAGAUGGAGCUGUACAGGGAGAGGGAGCUCCGAGAGACCCUGGAGAGACAGCUGGACAUGGAGCAGAGGAGCAGAGUCUUGAUCCAGAAGCGUCUGAAGAAGGAGAAGAAGACCAAGAGGAGGCUGCAGGAGGCCCUGGAGGUGGAGACCAAGCUGAGGGACCAGGCUGAGCAGACCCUACAGCACACUGGAGGCAUAGACGGCCUCACACAGCAACAUGACAUGAUGGGACAGGAAGACAACAGUAACCACGACAACCUCAGGACGGACACCAAGCCCACGAUGCAAGAUGGUCGUCUCUUCCUGAAGACCACGGUCAUGUACUGACACAUCUCCAUGGAGACUGGUGUGGAGACGGUCUUGCAGGUGAUCCCAGACUCCGGCUGCUGAUUGGACGUCUGACCCCGAACUGUCACACAGGGAGAUGGCCACCAAACCAGUGUCAAAUACAAUUUGCAAAUAUGGAAUCAAAUACUUGAUUUGUGUAACCCCACUCUAAUGAUAGCCCACCCUCCCCUCCAGUCACUCUUAAAUGAAUUAUGAACGUAUUUGAAAUCAUUUGAAAAUACUAUUUUAACCAUGUCUGUGAUUGGUUUGAGCCCCGGGGGUAGCACAGUGACAGGUCUGGUGGCUCUCUAGAUUCGGGCACCAGACUGCUAUCUCACCGGGAGACAGACACACCAAAGCAACGAUUCACACUCCCUCUCUGUCCCCAUAUGUCAGUGUCAAACAGGACAAGACAGGAAGUCACAUGGACCAAAUAUUGGUGACACCAACCCUGCAAGUCCAGAAUUGUUUUCUCCAACUUCAGUUUCUCCAACUGUGUGAUGAUGAUGAUUAUUACUGUUAUUACUACAAUUGUUAUUAUUACUAUUAAAUAUUAUUGUUAUGUUCCUUUGAAGGGUAACUAUGUAAAUCCAGGGCAGAGGAAUGUGGUGGCCAGGGUUACAGUGUGUGUACAUAACGUCUUGUGUAUUAUUGGAUGGAGUAGAUCUGCUAGAUCAAACAAUACAAACGUU